CGCUAAAGAUUGUAAACAGGAAGUUUUGGUUUUUAGAGCAUGCGUGAAAUUUAGCGGGAAAUUGCUGAUGGUGGUAAAAUCAAGACAGAGAAAAUAAAGUAGAGAGAUGACUAAUUACAAUCUGAGCUCAGGGGCCAUUGAGGCGAUUAUCAAUGGACAGAAUUUUGACAAACCAGUGCUGCAAGUUAUUAGUUCUAAGAAGAUUACAACACAAGGAUCCAACGCUGAUAGAUACAGAUUACUGCUUUCAGAUGGUGUCGUUAGUUACUCACAUGCCAUGUUGGCCACACAAUUGAACAGUUUAAUGGAAUCAGGAGAGUUAGAUAAUUUAGCAGUCGUACAAGUAGAUAAGUUCCUAUGCAACACCAUACAAGGAGACAGACGUGUGUUGAUCAUAUUGGAUUUGCAUGUUCUACACAAGGGUUCACAAGUUGGACAGAGAUUAGGAAAUCCUCAACAAUACAAGGCAGGAGCUGUUCAAGGCACAGAAUCGGAACAUAAUUCUGCACAGUGUCCCCCUCAGAUGCCAAAGCAGGAGGGAGUGGGUCAAAGCUUUAUUGGGUCUGUGUCGGAAAAGCAGGUCAACAACAAUGUACAGAAAGUGACAAAUGCGGGGAAUGUGAAUGGAGCACCCAAAGGCAACUACUCCCUGAAAGCCAACACACCUGGGGGUACACCUGGAGGCUCAACAAAGGUGCACAAGAUAGAUAGUCUCACACCAUACCAAAACAGAUGGAGAAUUAGAGCUCGUGUAACUCAGAAAAGUGGAAUCAGAACCUGGUCUAAUUCCCGGGGGGAGGGGAAGCUAUUCAGUGUCACCCUAACUGAUGACUCUGCAGAAAUCAGGGCCACAGGAUUCAAUGAUGCUGUUGAUAAAUUUUACGAUUUACUGGAGGUCAACAAGGUGUAUUACUUCAGUAAAGCCUCCCUGAAAACAGCCAACAAGCAGUACACAACUGUCCAGAAUGAUUACGAGAUGACAUUUAAUGCAGACACAAUGAUUGAACCUUGUGAUGAUGACAGCAGCCUACCUACAAUGAAUUUCAACUUUGUCAAAAUCAAUGAACUGGACAGCAAAGCUCCAAAUUCUCUUGUCGAUGUAAUUGGUGUAGUGAAGACCUGUGGGGAUGUGAGCACUAUUAUUGGUAAACAGAGUAAAAAAGAGAUCACCAAGAGGGAUCUACAACUUGUGGACCAGUCUGGGAUGUCGGUCAACAUGACACUCUGGGGGGCUGAUGCUCAGCAGUUUGAUGGUUCAGGCAAUCCUGUUUUGGCUGUCAAAGGAGCAAAGGUCUCGGACUAUGGAGGUCGCUCCCUGUCUGCAAUGGCUUCCAGUCAGAUCAUCCACAACCCAGACCUUCGGGAGGGACACAUGCUGAAAGGCUGGUUUGAACAUGAUGGCCACAAUAUGGAUUUCCAGGGCUUCAGAAAUGAUGGCAUGGGAGGGGGUGGAGGAGGUUCAACAAAUUGGAAGAGCUUUGCAGAGAUCAAGUCUGAAAACAUUGGUGCAGAUAAGCCAGAAUACUUCACUACCAAAGCCACAGUUCUCUUUUUACGAAAAGAAAAUUGCAUGUACCAGGCAUGUCCUACAGAAUCUUGCAAUAAGAAGGUUGUGGACCAGGGAAAUGGAAUGUACAGGUGUGAGAAGUGGGCUAGAGAGUUCCCUAAUUAUAAGUGGAGGAUGAUUCUAUCGGCAAACUUAGGUGAUUACUCGGACAACCAGUGGGUGACCUGUUUCCAGGAAUCUGCUGAGGCCAUGUUAGGUGUCAGCGCUGAUGAUCUAGGAUCUCUCAAAGACUCUAAUGAAUCAGCAUUUGAUCAAGUGUUCCAAGAUGCCCUUUUCAAGUCCUACAUCUUUAAACUGAGAGCAAAAGUGGAAACUUAUAAUGAUGAAAGUAGGUUGAAGACAGUGACAAUGAAUGCCGGUACAAUUGAUUUCAAAGAACAAUCACAGAGACUGAUAGAGGAGAUCAAAAGAUUACAGAUGUGAAAGUCACACAUCAGUCAUCCAUAGUGUUGCUGUUAAUGAAGUAUUUGAAGAUGAUGAUUGACAUCUUUGUAUUUACAUGUGUACAUGAUGUAAAUUUCAUUUGCGAGAAUAACCUUAAAUUUCUUAUUCUUUGGGCAUUGGUUCUUUAGCGAGUUUAUUUUACAGUUAGUGUGUAACAUUGUGUUAACAUGGGAUAUAGGGUCUGGAGAAGAAAUUCUGAAUCAGUCAGAAAACUGUUAGUGUAUUAUUAUUAUUAUUAUUAUCUUCAUCGAAAAUCUGGAUGAUUAAGGCAAGCAAUCUAGGGGAUUUUUUUUAGUUUUAAUUUUGUUUUUCAUGAAAAAAUGAUACAAACCAGUAAAUACUUAACCAUUUAUUAAUUUUUCAGUUUACAAGAGAUCGUAGGAAUAAAAAAAACUUAGUACAUGUAUCCUAAAAAUAUCAUCGAACAAUUUUCAUUAGUGGUGUAAUUUAACAAAUACAUGUAGUAUAUUCAUUAUCAAUAUCAGUGCAGUUAUGAUAUAAAUUGAUUUGUCGCUAGUAUGUUUGAAGGAAGGAAUUAGGAAUGGGGCUGUUUUUGGAUACAUUAUUGUAUCGUGAUUUAAGGUUCAGUGAUGAAAGUAUUGAGACAGAGUAUCAAGCAUUUUGUAUCAUUGCUGUGACUGUAUUGUGAGGAUACCUCUAUUGUCCCAGUCCUAGAAGGAACUGUAGAAUGUUGAAAAAGCUGUAACAUCUCCUUUAUGUUAAACCUGUCACUGAUUUCCUUUGGACAAAUUGCAUUGAAGUAAGGCAUGGAAAAGAUUUAUUGAAAAGUUUUUAUUUGUAUAAACAAAGAAAGAACUGAAAUAAAUUAUUGAAGUAA